UUGAGAUGUUCAAGUGGGGUUGGUCUGAGGUUCUGGCGCAUAUCUAUUGAUAUCACUGAAUACAUGCAGUUGUUGCUGGGAAACUUUGUAGACAUUCGAAAAUUUGGCAAACUCUGCAGAGGCUUGUCAUGUGAGAGCAGCUGGGCUGUGUCUCCAGGUAACACACCGCACACGCAAGCAGAGUUAUUUUCUUGAAAAAACAAAGCUGAUCUAGAACGCUUCUUUCUUUCAGCAGGCUUGUCACCAACUUAAAAUCCGAACUAUUCCAAGUUCUAAAUCAGCACUAAAAACAGCGGUCAAGCAGGCAAGACCAAUACGUAUCUUGGACCAUGUAGUUUGCAUGUUUAAAACAUUCCAAUCUAUCUUUUUAUUACAUUUUUUAAAAAUCAAUGUAUAUAUAUAUAAAGUGGACUUGACUCCACUUUUAAACAAUCCCUCAAAACCCAGGUCCUCAAUGGAACAUAUUUUCACGCUAAUAGAAGCUACUCUCCUCAGAAUGAGGUUAAGUUUCAUUGUUCCACUGAUCAAAAGCAGAGUACAACAUACUGUAAUUGAUGAGCUCACUUGAAGCUGCCAAUAGAAUCAGAUAGUUUGGAACUGAUAGGAUUGAACUAGCUGGUCCUGUGAAGAUUGGCUUUAAAAGGAUGAAAGCAGCGUUGUUCUGCUCGCAGUUAAUAUUUAUCACAGCUUCGCAGUACUGUCGGUGCUGUUCCAGUUUAUUCUCCGAUACUGACUUCUGUCAUUUUGAAAAGUACAUGGAUUGAUCACCAACUGAAACUAUAUGUAUCAAUAUUGAUAAAACUGUCCUGACAUUCUCUACAUCCGCAUUUCAGACGAAUAACUGAGUACAGAAUUGAACCAACUUGCGUGGGCGGGUGGGCGUGGCAGGGAAUAGAGUGAAGUGGAUUGCAUAAUAAGUUUUGCAUUCUUAAACGGAUGGAAUACAUCAAAUAAGACCACUCAAAAAAAGAGCCAAUGGGGUUACGUACUGUCCAUAAAGGUUUCUUGCAGUCCGCGGUAAAGUGUGUUGUGUUCAGCAGGCGCUAGGACCGAGCGCUCUGCCGUGUCAGGAUGUAGCCAGUGAGCAGAUUGUGUCUGUAUCUGUUGUCAGGAGCAGCAGCAUCAGGCAGGCUGUGGACAAGUAGGCAAGGACACACACACCAGAUCUCUCCCUAUCUCCCCGUCUCCGGUGGGGCUCAGUUAGCACACAGCGUUUUGUUUUAGGAACCAUCCAUCGACAAAGCUCCGAGCAACAGUACAGAAAGCUCCGAGUGCGGACGGGUCAGGAAGGGAUGAGGCGAUGGGUUUGAGGGGGUGGCCGGAGCUGAGCCCCUUUGCGGUCAUGUGGAGGAGGCGCUGGGGCUGCGGGUUCCUGCUGCUGCUAGCCCUGCUGCUGCUGCUGCUGCCGAGUGGCCAGCCACCCCAGCAAGCUGAGCCUGCCAGUGCCCGCUACCCAGCACGGCAGCAGCAGGAGGAGAGGGAGAGCCGCCAGGGCGGGCACCUCCCACCGCAACACUCUCCCCUCCAACUCAUCCCUCUGGACUCCUUCAGCGCCGACCAGUUCAUCGUGGUGACACAGAGAGCCGCCCGCCCCCAACGGAGGGCUUACCGGCUGCUGAGAGCCGCUAAAAGGAGCCAGGAAGCCGGGGAGAGCACCAGGCUGCUCCUCCUGGACCCCCCGCCGCCGGCUGACCGCAGGCAACUGGAGCGCCAGGGGCUGCAGAGGAGAGGCUUUAACGAGACGGUCAGCGAGAGCAUCUCCCUGCACCGGAGACUACCUGAGGUACGCCACCCUUUAUGCCUACAGCAGGAAUAUAGUCAAAACCUGCCAACUGCCAGCAUCAUCAUUUGUUUCCACAAUGAAGCCUGGUCCACUCUUCUGAGGACAGUAAAUAGUGUUAUGGACACUGCCCCAAAGAAAUUUCUCAAGGAAAUCAUCUUAGUGGAUGACCUAAGUAACCAAGGACAUUUGAAGGCAUCUUUGAGUGAGUAUGUUUCCAAGCUGGAUGGUGUGAAGUUGAUUCGAAGCAAUAAGAGACUGGGGGUAAUUGGAGGUCGCUUACUUGGUGCAGCGCGGGCAACAGGGGAUGUCUUGAUUUUCAUGGACUCACAUUGCGAGUGCCACAAUGGCUGGCUUGAACCACUUUUGGAUCGAAUAGCUCAUGACAGAACUCGUGUGGUUUCACCUGUAAUCGAUGGUAUUGAUUGGAAGACAUUUCAAUAUUAUCACUCUGUUGAUCCUCAGCGAGGAGUUUUCAACUGGAAGCUGGACUUUCAUUGGGAACCAAUACCAGAAUAUGAGCAGAAAUGGCGGACAUCUCCCACAAUACCUGUACAGAGUCCAGCUGUAUCCGGUGGAGUGCUAGCAAUUAAUCGGCAUUAUUUCCAAAACGUUGGUGCCUAUGAUCCUGGAAUGCUGAUGUGGGGAACAGAAAAUGUGGAACUGUCUCUCCGGGUCUGGCUCUGUGGUGGUUCAGUAGAAGUUCUGCCCUGCUCCAGAGUUGGUCAUGUGUACAGGAAAAAUGUUCCAUAUUCCCCACCAUAUGAAGAGAUUAUGGUGAAAAACAAAGUCCGUGUAGCAGAGGUUUGGCUGGAUUCCUUCAAGGAGAUUUUCUACAAGCAAGACAUGCCUUCAUAUCUGCUCAGUAAGAUUGCGGUUCCUGACUGUAUGGAACGACUGCAAUUGCGAAAGAGACUAAGCUGUAAGCAUUUUCAUUGGUUUUUGACGAACAUAUACCCAGAGCUCUACCUGCUUGAAGACAAAUCUGGAUAUUUUGGAGCAGCAAGGCAAAGGUUUUUGCUCUAUAAUGUCGGCACAGGCUAUUGUGCAAGUUAUGAGACCAAAUGGAGUACAGGUGGAUAUCCUGUAGCACUUACUCAAUGCAAUGGCCAUGGGAAUCAACAUUUUGAAUAUAAUAAUAUAAGAGAAAUCCGGUUUGGUGCCAUGGUGCAAUUUUGCAUUGAUGUCAAUAAUGAACAAGUCAUAUUGCAGAAUUGCAGAGGGAACAGACUGGAAUCACAACAGCAGUGGGAUGUGCAGAAGAGUGGAGAAAUUAUCCAUGUCUUUACCGGCAAGUGCAUUGAGGCAAUAAAGAAUGGACCAAGCAAAGACUUGUUUCUGAGACCAUGCAACAAAUACACCACCCAACAGUUGUGGCGAUUGGAGAAAGUGAUAAUUGAAAACAAGGGAUGAGCUGUUAUCUCCGGCACCGGCUAUGUGAUGACUGCAGCUCAUGUGCCUCUGUCUGGUCAGGUGCAGUUGGGCCUUUCAACCAGGUACAGAACUCAAGCGUGCCUUGUACAUCUGUUCACUGAAGGAAGUCCUCACAAUAGAAUGGAAACAAACUGCAUAUGUUUCCAAGGCUACCUUACAACAUCAGGGAAAGAAAAACAAGAUGGGCUGUGUUAUGUGGCACAUUUGAUCAUUCUAAACUCCAUUUGUAACCAGGGUAUCUGUGGGAGAAAUUAAUCAAUGCCCAUCAAAGGCAAUGUAAGGUUUUGCAUCAAUUUGCAAUUUUGUCAGACAAUGCAUUGUAUAUGUUAAUGCUUGAUCAAAAAAUAAAUCUAUACCAUAUGCUUGUCAAGUUGACCCAUUUUUCCCAUUAUUAAAUAUUGUCAUGAUUUAUUUUUGCUCGCAAGUCAGUAAUUAAAAUAACAUCCAAUCAGUGAAUGCAACAAUCUAUGUAAAUCAGUUAUAUCUUACAUGUAGAGACCUGAUAUUAUUUGCAUAAGAUAUUUCAGGAACUGGAUACAAAAUGGUAUUUGAUAUUUUGCUGAGCAGUUGCGAUAGGUACAUUGGAAGAGUAGUUGUAGAGCAUUGGCUUACGUGUGUAAACUAGGUGCCAGGGGUCAAUUCCUGUGCUGAAACAAGUAAGGGCAAAGCCUGACUGAAGUAGACAUUGUUUAGUGUCUUAAAGUAAUGUUCAGUACACCUGUCUAUUAUACUAAUAUCUUCAAAAUUCUGAUAAUAGUUUUGGCAGUAGACAAUGUUAUAAGAGAUGAAUUAAUAAAAUGAUAAAGUCUAAUUGAGAUGUACAGUAAGCAUAUGUUAGUGUGAAGGGGUAGUUUAGCCAUUAUCCAAUGCAAAGUGCAGCACACCAGUGUUAUAGUUCAGUCUUACAGAGUGAAAUAAUUAUCCUUCACUACCCACAAAUAUUUGAUAUCUAUUUUAUUCCAUUUAUUUUCAAUCAAUUACAUUAGGAAAGAAUCCUACUAGGAGUAACUAGUACUUAACAAACUACACAUGGAGUCCCAUGUUUUCAGCCUUUGAGAUCACAUUGUGUUUGAUGAGGGUUAUUUCCCCAGAGACACAAAAUAGAAAUAACUUCAAUUGCACCCUCCCCAUUUAUCAUUAUGUUUAAUUAACACCAAUUCUAAUUUAUAUCUUUUAACAUCCUUCAUUGAAAUUUUUAAUUUCUAAUCUUAAAUCUUGUGUAAGAGUUCGCUGAU